AUGGAGAAAAAAAUGAAAAGAGGCAUGUACAAUGCCAUGUUCAUGAAAACGAUGAAAAAGUUUUCAGAAUUUAUAGAAAAACAACAAGUAAAAGAUGCGGAGCGCUUCGAAUGGCCAGUUUCGAGCCCUGUGGGCACUGGCGAGGUGUUGACGCUUCAGCUUCUGUCACGUGGCCGCUGGGGCCAUCCCAGAGUGCUGGGCGUCUACCGCCUGGGCUUGCAGAUCCUCGUCGCCGAUGGUCAGCUUUUCGUCACCGACACUCUUGUAGAUAACAACAACAAAGCUGUUCCAGUGAGUAAUUUGUUGCAAAUUGUAAUUUCCUAACUGAUCAGUCUAUGCAAUAGCGGUUAUUAGAUUCAGUCUGCGAUUACAAACUAUUUUCGUAAGGUCGGUCAUCAGAUGGGUGACCAAAAAUUUAUUAUAACCAACGCUUUUGACAAUCUACUAAAUCCUUCAAUUUUAUUUUAAAUGUAG